AUGAUCAUCCCAGUUCGCUGCUUUAGUUGCGGCAAGGUCAUCGGCGACAAGUGGGAUGCAUACCUUGCCUUGCUCAUCGAGGGUCGCACAGAAGGCGAGGCGCUGACAGAGCUUCAACUCCAGCGCUACUGCUGCCGCCGCAUGGUUCUCACGCACGUCGACCUGAUCGAGCGUCUCUUGCACUAUAAUAUCCAUGAACGCAAAUCCAAGCCCUUUGCGUAA